AUGCUUGUACUACUUCUUUCCUCUUUCCAAUUGCUAACAAAAGUUCCUUCUUCAAUUGAGACAUACUUCUUUUCUUUUCCUUCUUCUUCAAUUGCUAACUUUCAGUUUCCUUCUUCAAUUGAGACAUGCUUGUACUACUUCUUUCCUCUUCCAAUUUUUCCUUCUUCAAUUGAGACAUUUUUCUUUCCUCUUUCAAUUGCUAACAACAGUUUCCUUCUUCAAUUGGACUUCUCUUUCCUCUUUCCAAUUGCUAACAACAGUUUCCUUCUUCAAUUGAGACAUGCUUGUACUACUUAUUUCCUCUUUCCAAUUGCUAACAACAGUUUCCUUCUUCAAUUGAGACAUUUUCCUUCUUCAAUUGAGACAUGCUUGUACUACUUCUUUUCCUCUUUCCAAUUGCUAACAACAGCAAAUGAGACAUGCUUCUUUUCUUUCUCUUUUCCCAUUGCUAACAACAGUUUCCUUCUUCAUUUCCUUCUUCAAUUGAGACGUGCUUCUACUACUUUUCCUCUUUCAAUUGCUAACAAAUCUUCAAUUGGACAUGCUUCUACUACUUCUUUUCCUCUUUCCAAUUGCCUGAGAGACAUGCUUUUUCCUUCUUCAAUUGUGCUUCUACUACUUCUUUCUCUUUCCAAUUUGCUUUUCCUUCUUCAAUUGCUUUCCUCUUUCCAAAACAACAGUUUCCUUCUUCAAAUUACUUCUACUACUUCUUUCCUCUUUCCAAUUGCUUUUCUUCUUUCAAUUGAGACAUGCUUGCUAUUCUUUCCUCUUUCCAGUACUAACAACAGUUUCCUUCUUCAUAGCAGCUCUUCUUUCCUUUUCCAAUUGCUAACAACAGUUUUUUCUUCAAUAACAUGCUUGUACUAUCUUUCCUCUUUCAGACUAUGCCCUUCUUCCAAUACCAUUUACUUUUUCCUCUUUCCAAUUGCUAACAACAGCUUCCUUCUUCAAUUGAGACAUGCUUCUACUACUUCUUUUUUUGUUUCCAAUUACUUUUUCCAAUUGAGACGUGCUUCUACUACUUCUUUCCUCUUUCAGUUACUGCUGUAG